AUGUCAUUUGGCCUUAUAAAUGCUCCUGCCACAUUUCAAGCACUCAUGAAUAAGAUAUUUCAACCUCAUCUUAGAAAGUUUAUUCCGGUCUUCUUCGAUGCCAUACUUAUCUACAGUCCUUCCAUGGAGGAUCAUAUUCUGCAUUUGCAAACUACCUUACAAAUCCUCAUAGAGAAUCAGUUGUUUGCAAACUUCUCAAAGUGUUGUUUUGGGCAGUCUGAACUGGAAUAUUUGGGACACAUUGUCACUGCCAAUGGGGUUAAAGUUGAUCCUGCAAAAAUCUCAGCAACGGUGGAUUUUCCUAUACCCACAACUAAAGAUUUAAGAGGAUUUUUGGGUCUCACUGGUUAUUACAGGAAGUUUGUUAAGGAUUAUGGACUUCUUUGUAGACCAUUGACUGAUUUACUUAAAAAGGAUUAUUUUCAUUGGUAUAUUGCUUCUACUGCUGCUUUUAUUCAGCUCAAGAAUGCCAUGACAACUACACCUGUGCUUGCAUUGCCUGACUUUACAUAG